UGACUUGCCUCAGAACGCUGAUUGGAGUCCUUGCCGAGACAGAAGUGUUUGGGUGUUUCGCUUGUAUUUUUACCACGCAUCGAAGUUUGAAAAGGGCUGGGAGUUGAGAGUGUCCGACCAAUCCUUCGACUACUACACUCAAACGGAAACCAAUUGCUUAACAGAAAAUCCUUGGUCCAAUUUAUUGCCCUUUAGCUCAACCAUCGAUCGCCAAUAUAGCACCUCCUCUUCCUUCCCAAUAAUUCCUGCCAAAAAAACCCAAUCUUUUCGGUGUCCCAAAUCUCACCCAUUGAAGUAUUAUCAAACCCAGCUGCUACUUUCCCGAGAAAAAUUAUUUCUGCUCUGGAAGCCAUAAAGUUUCUCUCUCUUUCGCUGUUUUUAAUUUUUAUGGUUUGAUCAUAAAGGGGGAGUUUGUUUUCAAUCUUCUUGGUUUGUUUUAGAGCAAAUAACAAUGGCGGGUAUAGCUAUAGUAUUAGAUCUGUUGAGGAAAAAUCCCAACUUUUAUUCAUCUCAGUUUUCUGCCUCCGCGGCUGUCACCGCUGCCGCCGCCUCCGUUGCUGCUGCCGGCACACCCUUUGCUUCUAGGUUCUUGUUCGGAUAUUCUGGGACACGAGUUGCUCAUUGUGAUGCUGGUGCAGUAUUAUCCGAUGAUUACAUUUCCAAUAUACGAAAAGCAUCUGGAGAUACUUUUCAGCAUGAUUCUUUGAAAUACACCACUAAGGAGUACCAUGUUGAGUUAAAACCACUCUUAUCAGCUUUUGAAUGGAAGCAACUAGCUAUGACGUCUCUGAGGUCAUUUUUGCUGUUUUAUUUGCCUCUUCUGGAGCCUGCUUCAAAUACAGAAGAGGAUGAUGAUGACUUCCUGCAGGAUGCUCCAGAAGAGCGCCAUGUAGAUUUUGUAGUUCCUUUUCAAAAAUCAGUGAAGCAAAUUGUUCGUGAGACUACUGUUGUUACCACAAGACGAAUUCUGGAAAGGCUUGCUGUGCAUUAUGUUUCACAGAGGUUGGCUUGGAAACUUCUAAAAGAUGUUCCUAAAUCAGCUGUGCGCAAAGCUGAAAGGGGAAUGCCUACUAUUCUCUACAUUUUCAGAGUUAGCCGGACAACUUUUAGAGGACACUUUUUAGGAGUUGCUGCAUCAUGGAUUGUACAAGUUGGCAUCGAGGUUUACCGGUUCAUUAAUCGUUUAGCAAAAUCUGAAGAAGAGAACAACAAGGUUGAGAAAUCAGAACAAGUUAUAGUUCUUGGGAAGAAGGUUACCGGUGUUACUCUCAGGUGCAGUGCAUCAUUAGUUUUUGCUUCUAUUGGGGCGGGCAUUGGCGCAACUCUAAUUCGACCUUCAACAGGCCAGUGGAUUGGCUGUGCUAUUGGGGAUUUAGCUGGGCCGAUUGUCGUAUCACUGUGCCUCGAAAAAGUUCUACACACCGAACUCUAGAACAGUGGCAAUAGAUUAUUUGAUAUACUUUGAACCUGCUGCUUAAUUGAUUGGCUUAUAACAAUUUGAGUUUUGAUGGUGGUAUAAUUCUGCACAAUUGAUAUUGCCAUUUUUAAAGCUCGACUAUUAAAAAGAGAAGAACUAUGUUAGAAGCUAUAUAACCCCAGGUUUCGUAGCAGAUACAGUUUUCUAAGCUGUUGUUAGAAAUCACCCUCAAGGCCAUUGUUACUUUCUUAAUAAGUUUCAACUAAUUGUUGCUUUAGAUGAUAUGAAUUAUACUGUGCCAAAUGACAGGAAAAAAAGGGCUUGAAACUGCAUUUCAUUUGGCUAU